UUCCCGCAUUUGGUAAUGUACAGUUACCAAAAAAGUUAGAAGAAGAAACCAGAACUUGAAGAACCCAGCUACUAUAGCAGAGUAGGAGAGAGAAAUUAAAGAUGUGCGGAAGAUGCCGCUGUACUAUCCGCCCAGACGACGUCCCAAGAGCUUGCCAUCUUCGCGAUACUUCCGUUCGUCAAGUUGAUGUCGACCGGUACCGGCCUGCAUAUAAUGUCUCACCGGGAUCUUACCUGCCAGUACUUCGUCGUGAAAGUGGUGGAGACGAGGGUUACACUGCAGCCGUACAUUGUAUGAAGUGGGGGCUAAUUCCUAGCUUCACCAAGAAGGAUGAGAAACCUGAUCACUACAAGAUGUUUAAUGCAAGGUCUGAAUCAAUUGGGGAAAAGGCCUCAUUUCGUCGACUAAUUCCUAAAAACCGGUGCCUUGUUGCUGUGGAAGGGUUUUAUGAAUGGAAGAAAGGUCCUAAGAAGCAGCCAUAUUACAUUCAUUUUAAGGAUGGUCGCCCUCUAGUGUUUGCUGCCCUCUAUGAUUCAUGGAAAAAUUCUGAAGGAGAAAUUCUAUAUACAUUUACCAUCGUAACUACUGAUUCAUCAUCAGAUCUUAAGUGGCUGCAUGAUAGGAUGCCUGUUAUUCUGGGAGACGAAGCCUCAACAGAUUUAUGGCUGAAUGGUUCUUCAGAUACCAAGUUCAAUACAGUGCUUAAACCAUAUGAAAAAGCAGAUUUGAUUUGGUAUCCGGUGACCAUGGCAAUGAACAAGGCAUCAUUUGAUGGUCCUGAAUGCAUCAAAGAGAUACCAUUAAAAUCUGAGCAGCAGUCCAACCCUAUCACAAAAUUUUUCUCCAAGAAAGGAACAGAUGAUGAUAAGGAAUCAAAUAAGACAAUUAAGGAGUCUACGAAGAAUGAUGUGCAGAGUGAUGUUAAAGAGGAAGCUGAGGCACAAGCAAAUUUGCAACUGUCAUCCUGUGGAAGGACAGUUACUGAGAUAAAGUCUGAUGUUACCACUCUGACUCCUGAAUCUGACUCCAAGGUUGAGGUGAAACGGGAUUAUGAAAAGUUCCUGGCUGAUUCCAAGCCGAGCACCGGUGAACUUGGUAAGCUACCCCAGACUCCCUUGAAGAAGAGUAAAGUUAAGAGUGGAGCUGAAAAACAGGCCACGCUGCGCUCAUACUUUACUAAAAGCUAGUAGUUCUCUGCUUCUGUAGGUUUGCUUGUUAGUUGUAACUUGUGGCAUAUGUACAUAUUGUACUGGUUGCUUGUAGAGUUGUAGGAGUCCAAGAUCUCAUGCUCGAUGGUUUCAUAUUACAUCUUCACACAUCCACGGAUCCACCCCUUGUUGAAGUUUAAGGAUAUGUCUUGUGUGAGUCGCGUCUCUUUGCUUUUUUGGAACCUUGUUUGAUGGUGGAAUUUUAAUGGAUGAAAGGAAGAGUUUUGUUCUGUUUGUGUUUGGCAA